UGGUGAAAGUGAUGAUUAGGUGCAGUUUGCAGUAAAUUAGAAACGGCAAUUAAAUGGUUUUUCGCAGACGUCGUAUCAGCAAAUUAUUUACAAUUUACGAAUUCUCUACUGACCUGAAAAGCAUCAUGUCAAGAACUCAAUUGCUGUAAUCAGAACACACAAAAAAUAAUAAUCACUGUUCCCAGCCUAGCACAGCAUUACCAUAGGGUUAACCCAACCAAGAGUAGCCGAGCAAACUUUAAUAAUCAUAAUCGCAAAAUUUGUCUCAUGAUUAAAGCAUAUGGUUUCGUUACCUUGAAUCAAUACACUGAUUCCAUUUGAUGCUGGCCAAGAAUACGAAAAAGGCUUAUCUAUGACGUUAACUACACAAUUCCGGAAGUAUACAAUAAAAAGGGGAAAAAACUGUCCCAAGACUCUUGAGAUUACCAAUGGGACAAUAGCCGUAGAGCGCCUGUCGUUUCCUUGUUGGAGAGAUUACGAUUGUCUUACAGACGCCGGAGCUACACAUGCGUGCCCGUUUUGAUUCUCAUCAGCAUCUGUAUCAGUAUGAUUCUGGAGUUGACGGUGACUAACAGCAGUAGCUAUGUACGGAACGUACCAGCAGCAAGAUCGUCUCACGGAGGAUGAAAUAUUACAGCGUAUGUUGGAGAGGCGGCACAACUUUGCCAAACUAGACAACAACCGAGGAUAUCAGCAUACUUUUAGGAAGAAAUCCCGAUGGGAGCUGGUGCGCUUAUCGCUACUGAUCGUGGGGAUCGAAUGUACGUACGCAACAGAAACAGCACUAGUAGCACCGAUUCUGCUUGGCAUAGGACUGCCACACACCGUCAUGACCAUGAUCUGGGCAACACCCUCGAUGGCUGGACUACUGUUCGCACCCGUGAUUGCCUCCGUCAGCGAUCGGUUAAGAUCCCGCUGGGGUCGUCGACGUCCGGUGAUGCUUGCGCUUGGUAUAACGACUCUCACCGGUAUGCUCAUUCUACCGAACGGACCAGCCGUUGGUGAACUGCUUGGGCUGACCAGCGUUGGGUGGUUGGCAACGAUCACAACGUUCGGAUUAAUUAUGUCAGACUUUUCGGCUGAAACGAGUAACGGACUCUGCCGUACGUACGCGAUGGAGGUGUGCACGAUUCGGGAUCAGGCACGUGUUCUCAGCAUUAUGGUACUAACGGGUGGAAUCGGUGCUACGAUGGGUGCCCUGUUUGGUGCUAUCGAUUGGAACCGGCUCGGAAUAGGACACUAUCUGGGUGGAAACGAUGCGUCCGUGUUUGCCGCUAACUGGAUCGUGCUGUUCGUUGGACUGUUGGUGACAUUGACAAGCUUCGCCGAGAUUCCUCUAGCAGUGCAAGAGACGGAACCAAUGUUACGCCCUGUUACACAGAAGAUGCUGCUCGAGGAGGUAAAACGCGAGCAUGGUAUGAGCGAAGCAGUGGAACAGGAUGAUGUCCCUGAGGUGGUUGGGUUUAAACAAUUCCUACUAAACGUUCUGCACAUGCCCCGAUCGAUGAAAGUCCUCUGCCUGACGCAACUGCUUAGUCAUAUGAGCUACCUCACGUACUGUCUGUACUACACGGACUUUGUCGGUGCUACUGUGUACGAAGGUGAUGUACGGGCUUUGAAAGGUUCUCAAGCCGCUGAACGAUACGCGGACGGUGUCCGGUUUGCUUGUCUCGGUAUGGCACUCUGCUCCACGACCUCCUCCAUCUACUCCGUAUUCAUCGAACGGCUCAUCGUUCGGUUUGGUGCUCGGUCAGUUUAUGUUGGCGGUCUGCUGGCACAUUGCUUCGGGAUGAUCAUGAUGGGACUUGCUCCUUAUAAGCUGGUGGUGUUUUCAUGUUGCGCCCUUACGGGCGUCAUGUACGCCACCAUCUACUCUAUACCGUUCCUGUUGAUCUCACACUAUCAUUCGAAAAAUUGCUUCGUUGAGGUUAAUGGAGAGUACGUGGAAAGCAUCGAGCGACGAGGAUUCGGAGUGGAUGUUUCGAUGAUGAGCAGUAUGCUAUGUUUAGCACAGUUAAUUGUGUCAUUAGCGAUUGGUGCAGUAAUUGAUUCGGUUGGAUCCACUAUUAUAAUAACAUUUAUCUCUUCCGCCUUCAUGCUAUGUGCUGCCUGUUCCGCAAUGGCAAUCCUUUACAUGGGAUUAUAGAUU